GAGGAAAUACCUAAAGCAGCGGUGAGGAGUCUGAUCAUCUGCCUUACUGCCCGUGCCCUUGUCUUGCGCGGGAACCAGCGGAGGAAGAUGUGUGUUUUUAUCCUUGGGCAAAGCUGAUCUGUCUAACUACUGAACAGAGCUAUGUGCUGAAGUUGGAGAUCCUGACAAAAUGGGAGUACUUGUGUUCUCUGUGACUUGCAGUUUACUUCUAGCUCUGGUGCGAGGGCACAGUUUAUUCACAUGUGAGCCAAUUACUAUUUCCAGAUGUUCAGGAAUGCCUUACAAUAUGACUUUUUUCCCAAACAUCAUGGGACACUAUGAUCAGGACACGGCUGCUCUCCAAAUGGAGCCUUUUCUUACAGUUAUGAAUCUUCACUGUUCACCAGACGUCCACACAUUUCUGUGCAAAGCCUUUGUCCCUGCCUGCCUGGAGCAAGUUCAUGUGAUUCACCCUUGUCGAAGCCUCUGUGAGAAAGUGUAUUCUGACUGUAAGCAGUUGAUGGACACUUUUGGAAUUACAUGGCCUGAAGAGCUGGAAUGUACCAGACUAGUCAAUUGUGAUGAGACUGUUCCUGCCACUGCUGCUGUAACCACAAACGUACAUGGAACUCAGAAGACCUUGGGCCAGACCCGAAGGGAUUAUGGAUUCUGGUGUCCACGACACCUACACACUACCAAUGGACAAGGCUACAAGUUUCUAGGAAUUGAUCAGUGUGCACCCCCGUGUCCCAAUAUGUACUUCAAAAAUUAUGAACUGGAUGUUGCGAAAAGCUUCAUUGGAAUAGUUUCAAUCUUUUGUCUUUGUGCUACGCUUUUCACAUUCCUGACUUUCCUGAUUGAUGUUAAAAGGUUUAGGUACCCAGAGAGGCCGAUCAUAUAUUACUCUGUCUGUUAUAGCAUAGUCUCUCUAAUGUACUUUAUCGGAUUUUUACUUGGGAACAGAACUGCCUGUAACGAGGCAGAUGAUAAGUUAGAAAUUGGUGAAACAGUUGUUCUUGGCUCCCAAAACAAAGCCUGUACUGUCCUUUUCAUGGUUUUGUAUUUUUUCACUAUGGCAGGAACUAUAUGGUGGGUGAUUCUUACAAUCACUUGGUUCCUUGCGGCGGGAAGAAAAUGGAGCUGUGAAGCUAUUGCGCAAAAGGCCAUGUGGUUCCACGCAGUUGCGUGGGGAAUACCUGGUUUUCUAACCAUUAUGCUCCUUGCAAUGAACAAAGUUGAAGGGGACAAUAUCAGUGGAGUUUGUUUUGUGGGUCUCUACGAUCUGGAUGCCUCUCUGUACUUUGUGCUUUUGCCGUUGUGCCUUUGUGUUUUUUUCGGUCUCUCUCUUCUUUUAGCUGGUAUUAUUUCUUUAAAUCACGUGCGGCAAGUCAUACAGCACGAUGGCAGAAACCAGGAGAAGCUAAAGAAAUUUAUGAUCCGAAUUGGAGUUUUUAGUGGUUUAUACUUGGUGCCACUUGUAGCACUUCUUGGAUGUUAUGUCUAUGAACUGGUGAACCGGAAAAUCUGGGAAACGACUUGGGUAUUUGACCACUGUGACCAGUACCAUAUUCCUUGUCCUUAUCAGGCAAAGGCACUAGCAAGACCAGAAAUAUUUUUGUUUCUGAUGAAAUAUCUGCUGACAUUAAUUGUUGGCAUAUCUCCAGUCUUCUGGGUGGGAAGUAAAAAGACCUGUUCUGAAUGGGCCAAUUUCUUCAACAGAAACCGCAAAAGAGAUCCAAUCAGUGAGAGUCGAAGAGUGCUGCAAGAAUCAUGCGAAUUUUUCUUGAGGCACAAUUCCAAAGUUAAACAUAAAAAGAAGCACUACAAAUCAACUUCGCACAGAUUGAAAGUCAUUUCGAAGUCAAUGGGGACUAGUACGGGUGGCACAACAAAUCAUGGAACUUCUGCAGUAGCAAUCACUAAUCAUGAUUACUUAAGCCAAGAAACUGUUGCAGAAAUUAAAACCUCUCCAGAGACAUCUGAGAAAGAGGUAGAGGCAGAGGGAACAUCAGCCCGAAGAGUUGAGGAAGGUGAAAACAGUGGAGAACAAAUGUUGUCUGGUUCUAAACUGACCGUGGAUCAGGAAAAAAGAAACAAAUCAGAUAGCACAUGUGAUAUGAGUAGCUUGGCUGAGAGUAUGAAGAGAGUAGGGGAAGGAAGAAUAACUCCUAAGAAUGAUUUUAUUGAAUCUCCUCCAUUACAAAGCAGCUGUUCCCAAAUACCUGGAGUCUCACAGUCAGCUUCCGUAUCGCUACUUGUCUACUCGGCUUCAGACACCAGAAGAGAGUUGGAUUCAGGAAACAGUUCAAACCCUUGAAAGAUUGAAAUUUUAUAUGAACAUUUUCAAUGUAUAAAACUGAUACGGAUUCUGUUACACUGGAAAUAACUGAUAUUCUGUGCCUUAUUAAAAACCACACAUAUCUUGCUUUGCACUUAAAAAAUGUAAGUUUUGUUGUAGGGACAGCUAGCAAUAAUGUACUAUAUUUAAUCCUAUCCAGGAAUAAUGGAAAUGGAAAUUCUGUAGGACAUGGCUGGAUUGACUAGCAGUAAUUUAAGAAAAAGAUGAGAGAAACGAAUAUUAUUCCCAGCAUAAGGAACACUUAGUAAUGAAUUGCAUUAAAAUAAUGCUUAAAAAGCACUGCUACCUUUCAAGGCAUAAAAGUUACAUCUGCAUCUUUGAUAUUUUUCAAAACUUGUUUAUUUUUUUUCUCUUUUUUACUGUGUCUUAAACAGCAGUAUCACUUAAGGGAUACACAAAUUUAUAAAUACUCUAAAUUAUGUGUCAUGAUGUAUCAACUAUAGCACUGUUUUAUGGUAGUUUGUACACUGAAUAUGAAAGGGAAUCUGGAAUUAAUGAUUUAUUUUGUACAGAAAAAUGAAUUUUGUAAAUAAUUGACUGCGUAAGGUCAAUAUUUAGAACUACUGUUUUGUAUGUAUUGUACAAACUCGGUAAAGUCAACAUUCUUCCCUUAGGUGUUACUAAAGUCAACAGUCCUGUGGUGAUCAGGCAAUGAAGAAAACACUUCAGAUCCCUGGCGGCAUGGGGGACAGAAUCUGAAGUGUACACUUCGGGGUUUUUUUACUGAGCUGCAGUGAAAGUGUUGUUUCACGUUGUUUCUAUGCAAGUAACUUUUUUUAAUUCUGUAGAGAAAUACCUUGCAGAAAAUAAACUAUUGAGUUAUUAAUAUACAGGCUUGUUUAACAAUAUACUUACUGAAAACAAGAUGCUUUUUCUACAAAGCUUAAUUUUUCUAUAUACUACAGCAAUAUAUUUUCUUUAAAUCAAAAAGGUCUUCAUACAUGUAGCCUUUCUUAUGAUAGGGUAGUUCUCAAGAGCAAGUACUGCUGACGUGGAUAAGAAUUUUAUCAUUCAGCUCUUAAGAAAUCCUGGUUCCAGUGAAGUCAAUGUGAUUUAUUACUUGAGAUAAUUUGGAGCCAGGGUUUUGCUGUUUCCUAAACCUAAAUGUCAGUGCGUUUUGUAAGACCGUUCAGCAUCUUACAUCUGAUUACUAAUAAGAAUAUUUCUCAAUAUUUUGAUAUUAUGCAGAAAAAUUGUUUUCCAAUUUGGGCAGCAUUUGUGGUGAUGCUUUAAACAAUCAAACAAAACUGUCGUGGUACAAAGGUCAUGUAUAUGCUGAAUCAACGGGAACUACAGUUCUGAUAAAGUGAAGUUAUUUGUUUUAUCCAUCGUGCAUUAAAAAUGGAAUGUAUUUACCCUUAUAUUGCAGCAUCGGCAUUUUAGCAUUUGUAAUUUAUUGCCUUAAAUAGGACGUGCUAUUUCUUUUAUAAUUUCCCCAUUUAAAAUAUACAAAUAUAAAAUACAUCCUUGCUGCUGAGAAGGACAGUGAGAAAGAUCUGAAAAGUCUCCUGUGAAAAUGCACACUAAGUACCCUUCAUUCUUGUAGUCAUGUUUGUAAACGGGUAACUUUAUACACAUGUUCAGUAGUUCUGUUAUUACUGUCUUUGUUAGUAAUAAAAUAUAC